AGAGAGAGAGCACACAAUGUGUGAAAGAGAGAAAGAGGAAUAGAGACAGGGCACGCAAUGUGAAAGAGAGAAAGAGGAAUAGAGACGGGGCACGCAAUGAGAGAGAGAGAGAGAGAGAGAGAGAGAGCGCGCAAUGUGUGAAAGAGAGAAAGAGAGAGAGAGAUGCGGCACAAUGGGUGGGAGAAUGUUGAGUGAAUUACACUUAAUCUGAACACCCUAUUGAAAAGAAAAAUGAUAAGAUUCGUUCUCUGGAUAUUACUCUUUCUCAAAAGUGAUCUGAUUGAUGCUGUAAAUGUGACGGAAAAAGAGGGAAUGAAAGUAACUUUACCGACUGGACUUACUGAACUACCUAGUGGCAUAGUUAUAUCAUGGUCUUUCAGUCUGAGUCAUUCAUAUUCAUUUGAUAACAUAGCUCUGCUGAAUGCAGGUGUGAUUAAAACAGACUACAGUAGGAAGUUCAAAGACAGACUGAAGCUGGAUACUCAGACUGGAUCUCUCACCAUCAGAAACCUCACCAUCAACGACUCUGGACUUUAUAAAAUAGUAAUCAUCAAUACACAGACUUCAUCUGAGAUUGCAAAUCUAACUGUCUAUGCCUCAGUGUCUGCUCCUCACAUCAGUCCCUCAGUGGACAGUCCAUUUGAAAAAGUGAGCUGUUCAUUGGUGUGCACUGUGAAGAACGGGAGAGAGGUGAUCUUGUCGUGGUGCAGAGGAGAGGAGAUAUUCAACCAGACCAGCAGCCCUGAUCUUCUCGCCAAUCUCUCUCUCCCUCUGGAGUUAAACAAAAUAAACAUUGACACCUACAGCUGUGAGGCUUCCAACCCUGCUGACUCAAAACCAACUCCACUCAACAUUGAAAUUCUCUGCCCUCAAUUGUCCUCAUGCUCUGCCCUCACAGAGUCUGGUCCCAAUCCUGUCGCAAUCGGUCUGGUCACAUUGUUAGCAGUUGGGAUAAUAAGUGGUGGUAUAUUCUGGGCAGUUAAAAUAAGAACAUGUGGAGCCAGCAUGCAAAGAGAAGAAGACCAACAUUAUGCUGAUGUGAACUUUCAUAGAUUGGUUGGGGAUAUACCGGUAUCUGGCACAGGAGGAGUCUGUUCACCAGAGGAGUCUGUUUUGUACACAGAUGUCAGAAUCUUACCUUCUGUUCAGACAAGACUGGAUUCAAUCACUCCUCUCUCAAAGCUGUGACCUUGGAGUGGUUUAGAGGCUUGUGUGUCUCAAUGACCCUGAGAGCUAUGCCGGAGGGGGCUUGGGCCCCUGGUAGACUUAGCCAUGUUGGAUUGGUCUCCGGUGAGGGGCCAGUCCAACGACAGCAUUGGUCCUACAUGUUUCACGUUGGCAUGGUGCUAUAGGUAGGCAACCAUACCAGUCUGACAGUGUUAAAUAUUUUGUAUGUCUUUACUGUCAUUUUUAAUGUGUAUUUUUCACAGUGUUGUAUUUUACUUUGCAAGAAAUGUGCUUGAUAAUUUAAUUGUUGAUAAAGUCCAAACAAUUGUCAACCACAAUGUUGACCUGGUGCUCCAGCAGGGCAAUUACAUUUCCCCCAAAAAACACAGAUUUUGUACAGCUCUCACAUUUAUACCUUUCAUUGCCAGUGUUAAACUCAGCAUAAAAGGAAACGUCCUCUCACUGUCAA